AUGUCUAAUUCUACUAAUCCAAAGCCAUGUUCUGGAAAUGGGCUCUGUGUGUCAUUUGACAAUUGUUCAUGCUUUGGUGGUUAUGAAGGUUUAGAUUGCUCUGUAAACUCGAACUCUAUUUCCUUAACAGUUGAAAACGCGCCGUACUAUAUUUCGAGCAGAAACAGGACCAUUGAAAUUGAAGGUCAUGUCAUCAACGUUAACACGAGUGAAAUAUUGAAUGAAACCAUUGUCUUCAAUAUUCAUUGCCUUAAUUGUACUGACGAAAGUAGUACCGUCUUCAAAGUAGUACAUAACAAAGGAUUGAAGACGUUUGAUUUCUCGCUGUUUAACAUUACUACAGCUGGAAGAUAUUUACUUAUCAUGAAUGCAUCGCUUUUCGACAACAAUUCGCCGUACAGAUAUUGGAAACAAAGAACUGUCAAUUUUUUCGUCACAUAUAUUGGUGAUACUGAGCUAGUGAUGCACGGACUACCACAUGCAUUGGUCACAAACAUCCAGCAGUCAUUUCAAGUCGUCAUUUCAGCUGUUAAAUUUCCUCAACGAUCCGAAGAAAUUCCAAACAGCUACCUUGGGACAAGCACAUUGAUGAAUAAUGCUUCCAACCUUGUGUCUUUUUCUAUAGAGCUCAAAGACACAUCUUCCAGUAACAACACUCUGUGUUGGACCUCUGGAAAAACCUAUGCUUCAGGAACUCUUGUAGAAGGAGGUUCAUUCACCACUUCCGUGCUUUCGCCAGUUGUCUCAUUACAAUGCAAUUUUCUUCACACAGUAACUUCAGCAUCGCGAGUCUCGUUGAAUGUCGUACUCACUAAUGACAAAAAUCCAACCGAUGCUGUACAGUUUAGUUAUGAAAUACCAAUGCUCAGCUUUAAUUUUCCACUGGUACGAAAUAGUACCAUCAUUAGUCCUAAACAUGGCGUUGCCCUUGACACGUUGUUUUCAGUUUCUCUGAUAGAUGUGACUAUUUUACAUAGUGUUCCUGCCUCUCUUUUUCCAUUGGAGUUUGCUUUUGGAUUUGUUUUGGAAGAUUCCAAGCAAAAGAUAAGACUGACCCCUUUUUCACAACAUUACAACAAUGUCAAUUUUGCUCUUCCAUUCACUUUUUAUCAGAAACCAGCACUAAAGGAACAGUUAGACAUUUUACUUUUCAUUCGAGACGUCUUUUCAAAUGAAUAUUCUCAAACCAUUGGACAAGUAGAGAUUUACCCCAACACAAACGCAGACAGCCUUACUGAAAAAGUGAAACUUAACAAGAAUUUGGCAUUGGCUGCCACCUAUGAUCGCUCUCUUCUCGCUUCUCAACAAUCUAGCAACACGUCUAUCGACAUGACUCUUUCUGCUGUUCAACAGUUAACUCUCACAGCACUUGAUAAGGACUAUUCACAAUCACUGCAGGCCUUGUCACUUCUUUCGGAGCAGUCCUUUGUGGAACAGCUCAUUGCUUCAGCACUGACAGAAAAGGUUGGUCAGUUCCUGAGCGAAAUGAAACAACUCUAUAUCAGAGAAAAGAGGCAAUUCGGUUUUGUCCAAAAAACGGUAGACACUGAUUUACAGUCUUCUCUUGAACUCACAUCCAAUAUCAUGAAACGUGGACUUUCCAUGAACGAAAUUGCUGAACUAUGCCAAAAGAUCUCAACCAUUGCUCAAAUAAGAGAAAAUCCAACACUGCUUCAUUCCAAUUCUUCCAGUGUUCCAACAGUGAGACAUUUAUUUUCUGAACAAGUGAACAUUACAGUCAUGAGCUUUGUACAAGACGUGUCUCUUCAAAAUUAUUCAAAGAACGCAUUCUUACAAGAUGUUGAAUUUAAUACUCGAUACAUUCUCUCAAAAUAUGACGGUUUCUCUCAAGAAAUGGGAAUCAAGAAGGUUUCUUUCACAAAGAGUGUGAAAACACACAAAGAGGAUACAAAUCAACUCAUUUCAUCUGUAAAGGAUUUUUCCUUCUCAAAGAAUAUCCAAGAACUUGCAUUACAGGAUUUAGAAGAACCUUUAAUCUUGUCAUUUAACAUUCAGAAUCAAAGUUUAGAUCUUGGAAGCAACAUUUCAAAACUAUCUUGUCGCUACUGGAAUGAAACGACACAAUCUUGGAAUACGAAUGGAUGUGAGGUGUUGAGAGUGGUGAACGAAACUCGUGAAGUAUUGUGCUCGUGCAAUCACACCACCAUGUUCUCUGUCUUUAUGCAGUACGACAACUCUUCGUUGCAAGGAGAACCAAAUCGACAACAAUUCUUGUCAACAUUAUUUAUUGGACAAGUGACUGUUGGAGUUUUUUACUUUCUAGCUUCAGUAAUUAUAUUGAUUUGUUUAUUCCUAUUUCGUACUAAACAGCCCAUCAAGAGUCGAUUGUUUACACCAUUUGUUGGAAUGGUAAGCUUGAUGAUUCAAAGCAUUUUGAUUUCCAUGACUCAAAAAGGAGUACUUUUAUCUUUGACACAAGAAAAUUUUACACAAUCAAGUGUUACACAUUGGGAAGGUUCAUUGCAAAGUGCUAAUAUUCUUGGUAAUGUGGCCAUGAUUAUUUCUAAUACCUUAUCCAUUACUGCGAUUGUGUUUUAUUUAGUUCAAGUCCUGAGAUUUCAAUUUUUGAAAUACUUUUAUCAUAAAAUGAUGAUGAACAAUCAUGUGAAGAAUGGAGAGAAAUCAAACACCAAUGACAUCACUACUCCACAACAAUUUGGUCAGCUUCCACCCAUUCAAAAGAUGAUCAAGCAAGUGGCAUCAAAAUCCCUUUCUACCACAGUAUUAGUCAUUUGUUUACUAUUGAAUUUGGGUUAUUGGACGUUGUUUGUGAUUUUAGUAAGGUCUGAAGCAAUUUCUCCUACAGCAUACACCUUUGUGGUCUCCAUUUCAUACACUGCAUUCGUUUUAUUGUGUGGACUUUUAAUUACAGGAGUUGCUGCAAGCGAUUUUAUCUAUUCCUUUAUACUCUCCAUGAUUCAGAGACAUGGGCCAGAACAACAACCAGCAACGCAUCUCUCCAAUGUUGGAAAUUCCAAGUCUGUUGUAGCUCCACCAGAAAAGAUUUCCGGAACGUCUAAAAAAGUGGUUCAAUGGCUUCAUGUGAAACCACUUCGAGAUUGGUUUGCAGAUUUGGAUGCUCCUCUUUAUUUCAGAGGAGAAAUGAUAUUAUUCAUGUUAUGUUACACUUUCCUGAUUUGCAACCAAUUAACAGGUCUCUAUACCUUGAUGAACAAGGAUGCUCCGUCACAACAGGCAGUAAUGACCUUUGAUGUGAUUUCGUUUGUAUUUGAAAUCUUAUAUGUCGCCACCUAUAUUCUAGUGUUUGGAGGCUUUUCUUUGCUUAUUUUGGCUUUUAACACAUUGAAACCAAUACUUUCAAGAAGAACGAAGAAGCAAGGAUCUGUUACAGAUAAUCAGACACAAGACGAGACAGAACUUCAAACUCUCUUAAAUAGCAAGGAAGGAAGAGAGUUAAUGGAAGAAUUUUGUGAAAAGGAAUUCUCGUUAGAGAACAUGUUCAUGUACAAGGACCUGACGCAGUUUAAAACCGAUUGCAAGUCAAAUUCAAUCAGCUCUAUACAUUCAUUUAUGAACAACAUUCAUUCCAAUUACAUUGCUUCAGGAUCUCCAAAAGAAGUGAAUAUUUCCUCUGCUUGUAGAAAAGAAGUUCUCAAAGUGUUCAAAGACAUUCAAAAUACAUCUUCACAAGAAUUGAAAGAAGUCAAGAAUAUUCAACACACACACCCUCAAGACAUGACUGCGUUUGAGCAGUGUAUUAAUCAUCUCACUGAAGAAAUUCUGUUAAAUCUUGGAGACACAUUCUCAAGAUUGGCCACUACGCCACGAUAUUCUCAAUUUUGUGCUGUGAUGAAUAAUAAGGAAGAAAUGAUGAAGCAAGUUAAUCUCUUGUGA